AUGGUGGGCACUGAUUCAACAACGACUAAAAACAAAGUUGAGUAUGAUGCGUUGGCACAGGCGCUUUACUACCUUGUGUCUUUUAUCGAAGGAUACGACCAUCAGAUGUUGUCCAUGUGUAUGAGGGCUUUCGAGUUGACUUUAGGCUUUUCUCAGUCUCAGUUGUCUACGUUGGCAACCGUGUCUGCUAUGUCCCGUGUGGGUUGCUGUCUAAUUUGGGGAUUGCUUGCAGACAACUACGAAUCGAGGCACGUACUUGGCGCUGGUCUGUUGGUUAUGGGCAUGGCUUCGAUUGUUCUAAGUUCUGCGUCGCGGUAUAGAUCAGUAGGUUGCCAUUCUUGCACCGAUAAUGCAGUUGCAGAUUCUGUUCUUGCGUUUUUUGCACGGCUUUGGAUUCGCCUGCGUCUACCCCGUACAACAGAAGAUCGUUUCCGAUACAACGAGCUCAAUGAACGACAAGAAAAAAGAGGAAUCAGCGGCUAG